GUGGCCGGCCGGCCGGCCGGGUCAUAUAUCCAGGUGACCCACCACAGCGCCCGCGUACGUGCUGCAACUGCUCUCAGAGCGAGAGAACUUAACCAACCGGUGAAGCGAUCAAUCGAGCGUCGACCAUGCAGCAGCAGCAGCAGCAGCAGGCCAACUCCUCAUCAUCGUCGCCGGCGGCGUCCUCGAGCUCACAUGCGGCGGCAGCCAUCUUGGCCGCGGCGAGUUGGUUGCCGUGGUGGCCGUCGAGGACCAGGAGCUGCGCGGCGAGGAGGGCCCUGCCGGCCGUCUGCGUCGCGGCGGCCGUGGCCACCGCCGUCAUCGUCCUCACCGCCGACGGCGGCUGGUGGGGCCGCGCGCCCGACGAGAUGCCGGCCUCCUUGUUCUCCGACGACCCGCGAGAUUGGGAACCUCCUCCGUCAAACAUCACCGCCGACCAUCUCCUCGACGGCCUUCUUACCGCUGACUUCAGCUUCGAGUCAUGCCGGAGCCGCUACGAGUUCGCCGGUUACCACAAGAAGUCGUCGCACAAGCCGUCUCCCUACCUCAUCGCCAAGCUCCGGAAGCAAGAAGCGCUCCAGAAGCGAUGCGGCCCUGGCACGACGACGUAUGAGAACGCGGUCCGGCGGCUCGAUUCCGGCGAGGGCGUCGGCGGCGACGACGGCUGCCGCUACCUCGUGUACAUCAGCUACCGCGGCCUCGGCAACCGCAUGCUCGCCAUCACGUCGUCCUUCCUCUACGCGGUGCUCACCGAGCGCGUCCUCCUCGUUGACGGCGGCAGGGACGCCGGCGAGCUCUUCUGCGAGCCCUUCCCGGGGACGACGUGGCUGCUGCAGCUCGCCGGCGCCGGCUGGUUCUCGCCGCUCAGGAGCCUACAGGGCUACCUGGGCGGCUCCAAGCAGAGCCUCGGCAACAUGCUGCAGAGCGGCGGCCCCGUCAGCGUGUCCGCCGACGGGAACGUGUCGUGGUCGGCGCCGCGGCCGCCGACGUACCUGUACGUCCACCUCGCCGGCAGGUACGGCUUCCACGACAGUCUCUUCUUCUGCGGCGCGCACCAGAGGCUCCUCGGCGAGGUGCCGUGGCUCUUCUUGUGGACGGACAACUACAUCGUGCCGGGGCUCUUCCUCACGCCGCCGUUCCGCGGCGAGCUCGAGGCCAUGUUCCCGGAGAAGGACGCCGUGUUCUACCACCUCGGCCACUACCUCUUCCACCCGGCGAACCCCGUCUGGCACGCCGUCACGAGAUACUACUGGUCAAAUCUCGCCGGCGCCGCCCGGCGCGUCGGCGUGCAGAUCAGGGUGUUCCAGAAGAACCAGCCGCCCCAGGCCGUUCUGGAUCAGCUCCUCUCGUGCGUCCGCGGCGAGGGGCUCCUCCAGGAGACGACGACGGUCGCGGCCAACGGCACGUCGUCCUCGGACACCGCCGUCCUGGUGACGUCGCUGAGCUCGUGGUACUACGAGCGGCUCAGGGACGAGUACGGCGGCGGCGUGCACCAGCCAAGCCACGAGGGGCGGCAGCGGUGGCACAACGCGGCGCACGACAUGCGGGCGCUGAGCGAGAUGGUCCUGCUGAGUAUGUGCGACGAGCUCGUCACCAGCGGCUACUCGACGUUCGGGUACGUGGCGCAGGGGCUCGCCGGGCUGCGGCCCUGGGUCAUGACCAGAGCGCCCAUGUGGGCCGACGACUGGACGGAGGGGCUGGACCCACGGGAACCAUGCCCGCGGGCCAUCUCCGUCGAGCCGUGCUUCCACUCGCCGUCGGCGUACGACUGCGCGGCGGGGAGGGACGUGGAGCUGGACAAGGUGACGCCCUACAUCCGGCACUGCGUCGACGUCAAGUGGGGCAUAAAGCUUGUCAAUGAAAGCAGCAGCCAGUGGUAACAUUGGUCUCAUAGGCAUGGCCGCAUGGCAGUAAACUGACAUGUGAUUUGUUGUCUUAGUAACACAUGAGAAAAUAGCUCUAAAAAACGCAUGAGAAAAUGACAAUGUAGAAGAAAAACGCAAAGGGAUUCAGUAGAUAGGGGAAUACUGUAGGUGCACGCAUUAUCAGGAAAUAAAAAGGGUAGAAGACAGUGAAACGUGGUAAUCUUGCUGUUUUGGCUAUAUAGUGGAAUGAGUGAUAAUCUUGUUAACUCA